GCAACCAGAUUUUGCCGUCCCCGUCCCUGAAAAUAAAAAUAAAUAAAUAAAUAAAAAGCAUCGCGUCGUAUCUGAUCUGAAAAUGGGAUCGUUGCAUAUUGAUAUCGCGCAGAGAAGAGAUGAUAAUCGCAAAUGAUUAAAGAAAGCAAUUACUGUGUCCGAUUCGCUUCCACCUCGUCUCACUCUCACUUUGCCUCCCCCUCUUCCGACUUCACUCUUUUCUCUAUUUUUCUUUCAAUUUCAAUGCUUCGAAUCUGACGCCAUGAAGAAGAAGCUCGAUACCCGUUUCCCCGCUUUCAUUCAGAAAGCAAUCAGAGGCUGGCUGCCUUAGAGAGAGGGCAUCAAGUUUGGGUACCACGUGAGGGGUCUUGCAGCAGCAUGACUCCAUGGUUUGCUUUGCGGAUCAAGUUGUCUGUAGUUGGUUUGAUAUAUGAAUUUUUUAAGGCUCGGAUUAAAAAAAUAAUGCAAGCUGAUGAAGAUAUUGGGAAGAUUGCCAUGGCAGUGCCUAUUUUGGUUUCUAAAGCUUUGGAAUUAUUUUUGCAAGACCUUUGCGAUCGAACGUAUGAUAUAACUAUUCGGAGAGGAGCAAAGACAAUGAAUGCAUUGCAUCUAAAGCAUUGCGUCCACAGCUAUAAUGUGUUUGAUUUUCUGAGGGAAAUAGUUAGCAAGGUUCCUGACUAUGGUCAUGUUGAUUCCACUGCUGAGGAUCGGACCAUGUCAAAGAGAAGGAAAGCUGCAGCUGAGGAAUUCAAUGAUAGCGAUGAAGAUUCAAAGAGGACUAGGAUGGCAAGCAGCAGUGGGAGGGGAAGAGGAAGGGGUAGAGGGAGAGGCCGUGCCCGUGCUGUUCGAGCUUCAUACCGGGAGCCUGAUGCUGACAUUGACUCUUGCAGUCCUCGGCACAGCAUCAAGCAACAUCAGAGUCCUGGGAGGCAUACGGACAAUGGUUUGGAGUCAAACGAAACAAUGAAAAAUGUUAAGGUUCCUGAUGGUGCCAAUCCAGAAGUUCGGAACUUCGAUCUGAAUGUGGAAUUGAAUGAGAAUAAAUUGGAUGAGAAUACAGAUAAAGCAUCUGCUGCUGCUGCAGCCGGAGGAGCUGCUUGCACAUCAUUGAGUGGGCCUACUGAAGUAAGAACCGAGGAAUAUCCUGGCUGGUCACUUUCUGAGAUGGGCAGAAUGGCCAUCGACCCUCUUCAGUUUGCACAUCUCAAUUCCAGGUUGGAUGAAGAUGAGGAAGAUUAUGACGAAGAGGGUUAGUUAACUAUGGCGCAGAAGCUUCUCGGGCAUGCUUAAUCAGCUGCAGCAUCAAAUGUCUAUCUCACAGCUCGAUGAGACAAAGUUUAAGAUGGAGAUGUAAUAAGAGAGAAAUAUGAACUCUUUCCUUGAAAGGUUAGGUUUUUAUGUGCUAUUUGGCUUUUUUAUGUAGCCGUAUCAUGUAUGUGGUUAUCGUUGCUAACAGUAGUCUAGGUUAGGUUCUUCCAGUUGGGCUGGAAAUUCAAUCCGUGUGGUGAAACUCCUAAUUAACAAAUAGGAAGAAUAUGGCAGUCUUAACAGAGCUAGUUAUGCAAGCUUAUCACUCUAAAA